AGUCUGUAUCCAGUAACAGCUGGUGUCGGGGCGUAAUGACCUUUUGUCUCCCGGCGGUCAGGUACGGAGAGGGGGGCGGAGAUUCAGAAGGAGCCGCUUCAUAUCGGUCUGGUUUCGGCGUCCCGGACAACAAAUGGCCGUGAACCGACAGAGAGGGGGAGUGUGAUCCAGGUUUCUUUUCUUUUCUCUCUCUCUCUCUUUCCUCAGUGCGACUACAGUGAAAGCUGUCUCCAUGCCGACAUAGUAGAUUAGAGAGGGCAAGACGCGCUCUUCAUCCUCACACUCAGUACAUUUUAUCCAUCUGGCAGAAGAAUGGGAGAGUCCUGUUGACACCACGGAGAGAUACACGCUGAGACCGACUAUGGCUGUGGACGCGGCGUCCAGCUUCAGUUUUUGCCGUGCCUCCCUGGAGCACACGGUGUCUGCUGAGGAGCUGAGCUACCAGCUGCCGCGUCGCGCCGGAGGCAGCAACCUGACCUGGCACGACGGCCGUGGCCAGAAGACAGCACACACACGCACCGUCAAACUAUUGCAGCAGCCCGGCACAGAGGGCAUUCAGUUGCGUCCAGGCGAAGCCUUCACUGUGUAUCACACCAGUCCGACUCUGUCCAGUUUGUCCAAACCUGUGGUGCUUUGGACUCAGCAGGACGUCUGCAAGUGGCUUAAGAAACACUGUCCUCACAACUAUCUGACCUAUGUAGAGGCCUUCUCCCAUCACGCCAUCACAGGACGGGCGUUGCUGCGUUUGAACGGGGAAAAACUAGAGAGGAUGGGAAUCGUCCAGGAGACGCUGAGGCAGGAGGUCCUCCAACAAGUUCUCCAGCUGCAGGUCAGAGAAGAGGUCCGCAACUUGCAGCUCCUUAGUAGAACCUCCUUUGGAAACUUCUCUUAGCUCAUCCCUGGAUCCAUUUGGCAGCCCUUUUCCUCAUCCCCUGUCACAAUACAUCUCCAGGAGCCAUGGAAGAGCUGUCGUCUUCAGAUAUGUGAGCAGAGAAUCAACGAGUGAAAGGGGAAAGGACGGGCCUAUAGACUACAUGCCAGCCAGUCUGGGGGAUUCUCAUUCAACACGGCCAAUCUGGUUUACAGACACUGAGACAGAGACAAAGCCCUGCUGAAGGCAGGGGUACCCGCUGUAACAUAGUGAUAACAUAUAAGAUUCACAACACUAGUUGAUUUAGGCCUGUCACUGGUGUAUGCUUGAUCACAGCAAAUCUCCUUUUGGUUUCCUGUCUCAUUCGGAUCAGACUGAUUGGACAAGUUUUACAGAACUUUGAUGAAACACCACACUUGGGUUUAUUUUUGACAUAUGCUUUAUGUGUGUGCAAACUGUUUUUUUUUAUCUCACAGUUUUUCCUCCCUCGCCUGAUUAAGGUCAUACAUGAAUAUCUCUGGCAUGGCUUCACAUCACCUGAAACUUUUGAAUCCAGUGAUGCUGAAAACAUGUGGUGUAAACAUAAAUGUACAUGUAGCGCCACCAUUUGGCCGCUGGAUCUCCAUCUCCCUUUCAAGCUACAACACCGAGUCUGUUUGAGAACUGGGAUUAGAGCUGGUCUACCAACACGAUUCCUAAUCGAUUCCUCACCAACAGGUCACACUUCGUUUUCCUCUCAGGACUUUAAUUUUGGAAUUGUAGGUAUGGAGCAUCAACAACACUCAAAGCCGAAUGUCAUUUCAAAAAUCAGUCUACAGAAUGUCAGUGAGAAAUUAGAAAUAUAUCUAUACAGUGUGAGAAUUGUAGAAUAACUGUAAAUCUACUGUAGCAGUACCUUUUAGUCUUUUAUAAACGGAGUGGAUCCCCAGGACAUAAAGUUAAUGUGAUAAUCACUGCUUUAUAGAGCAAUAAUUUAAAGGACAAAGGAGGAGAGAAUAUUAAGAAAUAUUUUAUAAUGAGUUGAGAUGCAAGUGAGGAGGGAAAUAUAGAUUUUGCCUGUUACAGUUAGCAUUCGCCAGCCUCAUAGCUUCUGUCAUUUGUGUGUGCUACUGUACACUGUAUGUCCUCUCUCGCACACAAAUACUAAGAAAAAGGACAAGCCUCUGUUGUACUCUACCCACUUUCUUUCCCUGGUGUGACGCUGAUUUCAAACGUUCAGAAAUCAUCAUACUCUGACAGCUACGCCAAUGCAAAAUUCCCAACGUGACUGAAGCGAGCACCUUUGAUACCACUUGAGACAGCAGCAGACAGCUAUGUAAGAUGAUGACAUUUAAGUCCCAUAAAUAAAUAAAUUACAUAAAUAAAUGAACUUCAAAUGAGCAAAACCAUUCCUCCAUCUGUCCUUUGACGAGUAGUCAUGGAGUGAAGUAAUUGACUGUUAAAGGGGAGAAAAUACUGUAUUAUUUUUGGAUUACCUGAUGUAUUGUAAAUAUUGACACUUUUGGUUUACUUUGUCAGAUGAUGGAUGAACUGUUUGCAAAUGCACAAAGGAAAAAUGAAACAUAUUUAUCUGCUUUACAGAUAUGAAUACAUGUGGUAUGGAACGUGAUGAAAACUGUCUUUUUAGAAUAAACUAACUGAGUUUGUUGGUCCUGAUUUUCACACUAUAUUACUAUAAUGUAUUAAAUUGUUUUUAUUCUUGAGAAGUAUUCAGGUCAACAGACACUAAAACGCAGAGACAGAUUUGAUACAGAAGUUACAUCAAAGCAACAAAGAGAAAUUUCACCAGAACUAAGUCAUCUCUACGUAUUUGCUCGACUUAAGACAGGUGUCAAAAAACUAAAAGUCAACCCUCAUUUAUCUUGUCUCAAGAUAUUGUUGAAGAGGUCCUCAAAAAUGUUUCCUAUGAUGAACAGCCAAAACAAAGUUGUUUUUUUCCCCAAUAAAUGACUCAAGAAAUCACUUCUUGUAACCAUCUUCAGAAAAGUGAUGGAAUUGUUAUCUCCCAGCCUUUGAAAAUCAUUUUUUUGGCUGGCACUUCUCCAAUCAUCAAAGCUGAUUAUACAAGAGAGGGAAGUGAUGUGAGUGUCCUCUGAAAAUAGCCAAGUCUCUGUGGGGAAGUAUAGUUCAUUUAUAUCGUUUGGAAAUUCAAAAAUAGACUGAAACACAUCAAGCACUAGACAAUCCCAAAAUAAAUGAACCAGGGUUCCUUCUAAUGCAUCUGUCACAACAUUGACACACUGAGGGAUAAAAUUUGUGUAAUAAAACUUAAAUAAAACUGUAUA